AUGGCAACUGAAGCCCGACUUAAGACGCUUAGGCAUCAACGUGGAAAUAUAAAAGCAUCUGUAACGAUGUUUAAAGCGACAUUGGCAGCAUACGUGGCACUACCCUUGGAACAACGUAAACCAGAGAAACUCCAAUUCGCGCUGGAUGGAAUGAAAGAACGUUUCACACGUUUUGAGGAGAUCCAGGAUGAAUUAGAAGAGUUGGACCCAGACAUAGAAACGCCACAACGUUUUGAUUUACUAGCAAGAUACGAAGAGGUCGCCGGUGAGGCCCUCCACGAACUCUCAUCCCUUCGACCAGCACGACUACCGCUGCAAGAAAAUGAUAAUGCUUCGGUGCAAUCGGAUUCAGUCAAUACGGCCGCAUCCUUACUGUCACUCCUACGCCUACCUGAACUCGAUAUUGCCAAAUUCGACGGAUCAUACGAAGCCUUCCAUUCAUUCUGGGAUACUUAUAACAAUGUCAUCCAUCAGUAUCCUGGAUUAUCAAAUUCUCGAAAACUGCAAUAUCUUCGAAGUCUCUUGACUGGGCGGGCCGCUAAGGCUAUUGAGUAUCUCCGAGACACCGAUGAUAAUUACGAAACUGCCCUGGACAUCAUUAAGAAAAAGUUCGACAACACGAGGAAAAUCAUCCGUAGACAUUGGGAACUGCUGCAUGAGUAUCCUACGCUAACAAAGGACACACCAGAGGCACUUGGCAAUCUGGUGGACACAUUUUAUCAGCACAUUAGAGCGCUGAACAAUCUGAAGCAGCCAGUGGAUCAAUGGGAUCUACCCCUCAUCCAUUUGAUCCAAUCGAAAAUCAGUCUAGAGACGACCUACCUCUGGGAAUUGAGAAUUAAAGACUCCAAUCUUCCCAAGUACACGAGUCUGCUUGAAUUUCUGGAAAACCGUUCGCAGUGUUCGUCAGUGACAAGUCCAUCCACACGAGAUGAAAAACCCCAGCGCAAUCGAGGACGGAGACAAGCAUUCGUGACGGUUAACUCACCAACAGUUGUUUCAUGUGCCAUGUGCAAGGACAAUCACAACAUUAUGAGGUGUCAAAAGUUCAAGGGAUUAUCACCGCGGGAUCGCUACAAGGAGGCAAAGAAAUUGUCUCUUUGCAUCAAUUGUCUCACUCCAGGCCACGGUGUAAAUAGUUGCAACUCAAGGAAUUGUCCACGUUGCCAGCAACCCCACCAUUCUCUUCUGCAUCGGUCAGAACCACCAUCAACAGGCGAGCUACCUACCUCCGGAGCAGCGCCAACACCCACCAACCAGUCCUGA